CAUGGAUCAGGUAAUGCAAUUCGUGGAGCCCAGCCGCCAGUUUGUGAAAGACUCCAUACGACUUGUUAAAAGGUGCACCAAGCCUGACAGGAAAGAGUUCCAGAAGAUUGCCAUGGCAACAGCAAUAGGCUUUGCGAUAAUGGGAUUUAUUGGUUUCUUUGUCAAAUUGAUUCACAUCCCAAUCAACAAUAUCAUUGUAGGUGGCUGAAUAUUCAUCAUGAAGAACAAGCCGUUGUGACACUUGCUGCAAAGAUUUCACAGCUUUAACUUGUUUGCUAUUAAACAGGCUCAGUUUGGGUUUUCAAAUGUUCUUGUCAUCUUCUUCUUUUAAAGUGUAUGUGAUCCUACCUGUCUGUAUUACAGGCUUGGGUUUUUUUAGUAGUA